AUGGGUGGCACCUUGGGUGGCACUGCCACCUCCCCGCCCCUGCCUGGGGAUAAAAUCCCCUGGGGGCUAUGGCCUGGCACCCUGAGGGUCCAGCCAGCACCCACACCGUGCCCACGCCGUGCCCAGCACGCAGGCGAGGUGACAAUGACAGCCUGCAUGCCACUGCUGCUGGUGCCACUGGGAUGCCUGCUGCUGGCCUCCUCCCUGCGUGGACAAGAGGUGCCCACCUGUGCCCGGGGCUGGGUGCCCUUUGGGGAUGGGUGCUACAGGUUCUUCUCCCAGGAGCUGAGCUGGAGGAGGGCAGAGGCCUUCUGCCAGCGCCUCGGCGGGCACCUGGCGUCGGUGCACAGCGAGCAGGAGCAGGAGGUGGUCGCUGCCCUGCGGCCCGCCCGCCCCGCGCUCGACACCGAGGAGGAGGAGGAGGAGGAGCUGGAUGAAGGAGUCUGGAUCGGCCUCCACCAUCCCCUGGGGAGCCAGCACUGGCAGUGGUCAGACGGCUCCCAGCUGGACUUCGGCCCCUGGCAGCUGGGGCACGGUGGCAGAGGCUGCGCCGCGCUGCAGGGCACCACUGAGCCCAGCCGGUGGCACAGUGACAGCUGCGGGGACAGGAAGCCUUUCGUCUGCAGGGCCACUGCCUAG